AUGGGAGGAGCCAACGGAAUAGGCACCGUUACGAUGCAACGUCCUCCUAUACCAACUGCUCCAUCGGGAUACGAGGGAGAUCUUGUGCACUCGCAAACGCAACCUCCUCCACAUCAACUACAGCAGAGUAUUCCUCAGUAUUAUACCCCCAAUCAGCCACCUCCUAGCUCCAUACCUUAUCAGGUGCAGAGCUCCAAUGGACCUCCAAUUUACGGCGGUCAACCCAUGCAGCAGCAGGAUCCACAGAUGCAACAUCAAGUUCCCCCACCAAUGGGACCUCCUCCGCAAGCUGUUGUGACCGUACAACAGCGAGGUGGUGGCCAAUUCAUACUGCCCAUACCGCACCCACAGAUGAUGGCUCCACAAUACAUUGGCCAACAAGUGAUGCCAGCUGGUGCCCAGUAUCCUCCAGGGGUUUAUAUGCAGCGACCGACGGUUUUUGUACCUCGUGGUGAUAUGGGCUAUGCACCAGUUGAACAGGCUCAGCCUGUUAUGGUCCCAAUGCCUUUUGUGGUCCAUCAGAUGCCACCAAAUCAAUCAACUGAACAGUCGCCAUCAACAUCUCAUCUUCAUGCUAGGGCUUUCAAGAAAUCCCGUUUAUUCCAUGGGCAUCUUGCAUGA